AUGGGUCUCCUCAACCGUAGAAGAAAGACACCCCCUCAAGAUGAAGAGUCUGCUCCUGCUGACAACUCCGGUGCAAAUCGCGCAUCUGCAGGUAGUGGGGACGGAACAGUCGACAACGCCAAGGAGGCGCCGAACGCGUAUGAGGGCAAUGAGUAUGACGUGCUCCUCCAAUUCGCCACCGACGAGGCUGCAAAGCUUGAGCGCGGCGCAGAUGACGAAGACAAGGAAGACGAGGGCGAGACGACGCGACCUUGGUAUGCGCCGUGGAAACGCGUGAAGAAGGAGAGCAAGAAGGAAAAGAAGGUGCCUCCAGACUGGCUCAAAACGGACAUGCUCCAGGGUCUCCCGUCCGGCCAAGAAAUCGAAAAGCGGAGAGCGGUAUCUGGUUGGAAUGAGUUGCAGAGCCAAAACGAGAAUCAGUUCCUCAAGUUCAUUUCGUAUUUCCGCGGCCCAAUUCUAUACGUCAUGGAGCUUGCUGUCUGCCUGUCUGCCGGCUUGCGCGACUGGAUAGACUUUGGUGUCAUCAUCGGUAUCCUGUUCUUGAACGCCGGCGUGGGCUGGUAUCAGGAGAAGCAAGCGGGAGACAUUGUUGCACAGCUUAAGGCAGGCAUCGCGAUGAAAGCUUGGGUCAUACGCGACGGACGCGAGCAGGAGAUUGAGGCGCGAGAACUCGUUCCCGGCGACGUCAUCAUAUUAGAAGAAGGCAGCACAAUUCCAGCAGAUGCCAAGAUCAUUGCGGACUACAAUGACAAGAAGGGUGAUUCAAACCCAAUCCUCGAGAAGCGCGCGCGGCGCGACUCGCAGUCCUCUCAGAACUCGCAGAGGUCUGGUAUGGAGAAAGGUCCGUCGGUGGCCAGCGUCGAUCAGAGCGCGAUCACGGGCGAGUCGCUCGCGGUAGACAAGUUCGUUGGUGAUGUCGCAUAUUACACAUGUGGUGUCAAGCGCGGGAAGGUGUACGCGGUGGUCGUUGCGAGCGCACCGCUGAGCUUUGUCGGGCGCACGGCAAGUUUGGUCAUGUCUUCCAACGAGCGCGGACAUUUCCAGAUCGUGCUGGGAGGCAUUGGCACAGCGCUGCUCGUCAUCGUCAUCGUCUUCAUCUUCAUUGUUUGGAUCGGUGGGUUCUUCAGGCACCUGGGUAUAGCGUCUCCGGCGCAGAAUAACCUCCUGGUGUAUGCGUUGAUUUUCUUCAUCAUUGGUGUACCUGUCGGUCUGCCAUGCGUCACGACCACUACAAUGGCUGUCGGUGCUGCAUAUCUUGCGAAGCGCAAGGCUAUUGUGCAGAAGCUCACCGCGAUUGAGUCGCUCGCUGCUGAUAUCUCUACAGGCGUGGACAUGUUGUGCUCUGACAAGACAGGAACACUGACCGCUAACAAGCUUUCGCUCAACGAACCAUUCAUCGCACCGGACGUAGACCCUAACUGGUUUAUGGCGGUUGCCGUGCUAUCGUCAUCGCACAACAUCAAGUCACUCGACCCCAUUGACAGGGUGACCAUCAUCGGCCUGAAGGACUACCCUGGCGCCCAGGAGAUCCUGCGCAAAGGGUGGAUCACGCACAAGUUCACGCCAUUUGAUCCCGUCUCGAAGCGCAUUAUGGCAGAGGUGGAGUGCGACGGGAAGCAUUAUACGUGCGCGAAGGGCGCCCCCAAUGCGAUACUGAGACUGCAUGAUUUCGACCCAGACACUGUGGAGAAGUACCGCUCGCAGGCACAGGAGUUCGCCCAACGGGGCUUCCGAUCACUUGGCGUCGCAAUCAAGGAAGGCGACGAGCAAUGGCAACUACUCGGGAUGUUGGCGAUGUUUGACCCGCCCCGCGCUGACACUGCCGAAACGAUCCGCGAGGCGAUCGACCUCGGAAUACACAUCAAGAUGCUGACUGGAGAUGCUGUCGCAAUCGCGAUCGAGACGUGCAAGCAACUCUCGCUGGGCACGAACGUGUACGACUCGGCACGGCUCAUCGGAGGCUCGAUGGCAGGCUCGGAGGUGCGCGACUUCAUCGAGGCGGCGGAUGGGUUUGCGGAGGUAUUCCCGGAACACAAGUAUCAAGUCGUGUCGAUGCUGCAGGAGCGCGGGCAUUUGACUGCGAUGACAGGCGAUGGCGUUAACGAUGCCCCGUCGUUAAAGAAGGCUGAUUGCGGUAUUGCCGUGGAGGGCGCGUCCGAUGCUGCGCGGACUGCAGCUGACGUUGUUUUCCUCGACGAAGGUCUCAGUACUAUCAUUACUAGUAUCAAGGUCGCACGCCAGAUCUUCCACCGUAUGAAGGCGUACAUUGUGUAUCGUAUUGCGCUUUGUAUCCACCUCGAGGUCUACCUGUGCCUCUCAAUGCUCAUCCUCAACGAGACCAUCCGCGUUGAUCUAAUUGUCUUCCUUGCCAUUUUUGCAGACGUCGCUACCAUCGCUAUAGCGUAUGACAACGCCCCAUUUGAGCGGAAGCCGGUAGAUUGGCAGCUACCCAAGGUCUGGAUAAUGUCCACGAUCAUGGGUUUGAUCUUGGCCGGAGGAACCUGGAUCAUCCGUGGGACUCUCUUCUUGCAUGACGGUGGCAUCAUUCAAAACUUCGGAAGCGUCCAGGAAAUUCUGUUCCUCGAAGUGGCACUAACAGAGUCUUGGGUUAUCUUGAUCACCCGGAUGUCACAAGGACCAGAUUCUGGACCUUUCGUGUGGCCGUCAUGGCAGCUCCUUGGUGCCAUCCUGGGCGUCGACGUCCUCGCCACUUUAUUCGCACUCUUUGGAUGGAUUUCCGGACCCGGUGAACACGGAGGUUGGAUUGACAUCGUGACUGUGGUCAAGAUCUGGGCAUACUCGUUCGGCGUGACAAUCGCGGUCGGCUUUGCAUACUUCUUGUUGAGCAGACUGCCAUGGUUGAACAACAUUGGUCGGCGUGUGCGGAGCAAGAAGGAUGCUCGUCUCGAGAACUUCCUCACGGAGAUGCAGCGUCUCACCCUGGUGCACGAGCGAGACUCCCAUGGCGAGUCGUACUAUCGCAUCGCUGGUGUGCCCCAAGAUGAAAGCGCCAAGGGCGACAGUAAGCCGAAGGAGGAAGUCAAAAAGGAAGUCAAGAAAGAACAACCCACUACAAAGGGCGGGGAUACGCAGUCCGCUCGCGGCCAGGCGCAGAAGACGGGUAAGAGCACACCUAGCGACACACAGGAGAAGAGCCCGCAACCUGAAUCGACUCAGGCGACGGAGGGAGGGGCGGGGAACGAUCAUGACAACGAUAUACACGACGAAGCACGAAGCACAUGA